AUUUUUACAAUUAAUGGAAUCUUAUUCUGAGCUGGAUAAAAAGCUCACAAAAGAACGUAAAAAGGAACUCAAGAAGCUAAAUGAAAUGUAUAUCCCCAAUGAUAAGAAGACGGCUGAAGCCCUUGGAGAUAUCAAGAAGGAAAUCAGGAACCAAAGGAUCCAGCCUGUGUUCAGUAAGGAAGUAGUCGAGAAUUAUCACAAAAGAAUGGCUAUCGUUGAUCCUGGAGAAUGGAUCCCAGCUACAGAGCAGGACUCUCAAAACUAUUACGGAUUCACUUGCUCUGGGUUCAACCAGCUUUAUCAAGAUAGGAAGACUAUUUACAUCCAGCCCUUAGAUACCUCAAUGGAUGAAGAAUUCUUGGCUACUUGUCAGAAGUACUGUGAAGCAUACUUCUACCCACUUCCCGUUCUAGUCAGAGCUGCAAAGAAUAUUGCCAAGCUGAAGAUCAAGAAUAGGACUAGAGAAGAAGGGUUCAUACAAUAUGAUGCCAGAGAAAUCUUAAGAAGAGCUCAGAAAUGGAUUCCUGCUGAUGCAUAUUGUAUGAUAUGUAUUCUAAACUCUGAUCUUUAUCCUAGAGACUCCUGGAACUUCGUCUUCGGACUUGCUUCGCUUAGAGAUAGAACGGGAGUCUUCAGUUUUGCCCGAUAUGAUCCUGGCUUCUUUGGUGAAGAGCAUGGCAUGAGUGAUGAAGAACUGAAGGAACUUAUAUUAUUUAGAAGUAUCAAAGUUAUGACUCAUGAAAUCGGCCAUAUGUUUGGAAUGCAGCACUGAGUGUACUAUCAAUGUGCGAUGAACGGUUCUAUGUCAGCUGAAGAAGCUUCCACCAGACCUGUACAGUUAUGUCCAAUUUGUUUGAGGAAACUCUGGUAUAAUAUUGGAUUCGAUCCCUUGGAGAGAUUUAAGGCCUUAGCAGAGGUCAGCGACAUAAAUAAAUAUUUUGAUGAAACUAAAGAGUGGUAUUACGCAAUGGUCGAACAUCUUGAGUCAAUUUACUCCGAGCAAAAAUUAGACAAACCGUACAAGAAGAGGUAUCCAAAGAAUGACCCAGACAAGCCAGCGACAAAGGUCAUCAAACCUACUAUCCCCAGAAAGCCAACAGUGCCCAAACAGACCGGCAUCGAACGACUGAAAGCUAAGACUAAAAAAUAG